AUGAUCCGCUUGCCCCCUACAAGUAUCUCCCUCUCCGAGCAUGACAUUAUCUUUCACAUCCAACAGCUUGAGAUCUAUCAAGGCCUCCUGAAGCAGGGGUUCAGCAAGCAGGAUAUCUGUCGUUAUCUUGCAGAUGACAGAAAGGAUACUCUACAAGAGACUGCGUCUUGGGCUCAAAGUCUAACCACCCGUGCCCCAACCACUCUCGACUUUGCAUGUCAAGGCGGAGAGGAAUCCCCAUCUCCGGACAGCUUGGGCAGAAAGAGCACAGAUAAAGCUUUUGAUCGAUUAUCCGUCUUGGGCGAACCUUGCACAUCAGACGAAGAUGUGACAAGCCCCACCCUGAGUGACAAAUACGAAGACUCCAGCGACGAGAAUGCCCAAUCUAUCUCACCAGCUGUAAUUUCCCCUAGGCUGACAUCAAAUGUACAUGCUCCACGCCAGAGCUCUCUUCUUCGGUUUUCCACCGCUGUCUCUCCCGAACGUCAAUCUAGCUCCUCUCAACUCGCUCAGACACCCCAACUGCCUAGUUCAGUUCGUACGCGACGGUAUAGACCCAGAAGUCAGACUUACCCCUACCAUUCGUCCGAAAGAGAACAGUCUUCUACUGCUGCAUCUGAACAACUGAGUGAAAGAAUUGCUCAGCUUUCCUUGGAAGAAACUGCGUCCUCUUCCUCAUCAGACGAGAUCUCCCGUCUUCCACCACCUCGCUCAGAUGCUCUUCGUCGACGUCCCACAUUCGUCGCCCUGAGAUCCAUUGCCGGUCUCAUAGAAAGCCCCGAGGAGCGUUCUGAAAGCAGCUUGCUUCCAAAUGACCAGCAGUCCAUUGUGAUUAGUCCUCGCCAUAGUCCCUUGUCCCACCCUCUUGACCAGCGAAUCGAUCUACCAAGUUCGCCCCCGAGUCAUAACUCUUCGUCCAGCGACGUAUUAGCGCAACCUUCAGCCGGAUUGAACUCGCUGACAUGGCCAAGCACUCCUAUUACCUCCAGGCGAAUCGCUACCUCGGCUCAAACAGAAGAUCGAGAUCAUGAACCAAGAUAUCUAGACGGCAGUGUAUUCUCAGUGUACAACGACUCUCUCCCUGCCAGCUCUCAGCCUCAAACGCCUGCUGAUCUUUCACGAAGUCGCAUCAUCACAGAGCGCGAAGCAGCAUACACAGCUCCGCCGGGCAUGAUGCGAUUCGGAUCUUUGUCAACUACCCCACGCGAGCCACCGGCCUUUGUGGGAGGUGUUGGGGAGCAAAGCCCGGUCCUACGUGCCAUUAAUAUGCGAGAAAGACGUAGUAGGGAGCUUUGGAGGAGCAUGCGAGUCGAAGGUGCCAGAAUGCGGAGAAAUAGGUUGAGAGGUGAAGGAUUGUUUGACGAGCCGACUCCAGGCAAUGCUCGUGUACGACGGAGACAGAGAGGUCUGGAAGAGCCUUGGAGGGACGACUUGAACGCUGACCGAGUGGGCGAGGAGAAUUUUGAGGCCGAGUUCUCAAUCCGACACGGAGGAGUCAUGAGAGUUGUAAGCGGUAAUGCCAGGGGCCAGCCCUAA